AUGGCACCACUGCCGUCCCUCAUCGUCUUCGGGCCUCUCACAGCAUGGUCCUCGCCGGAUGACCUGAAGUACUUGCGUGCGGAACUAUCUCACCGGCCUCUGCUCGCACCGAUUCAUGAGGCUAUAAGCAAUCUUGACGCUCUCUGGAGCGGAAUGUGCCAGAUCGAAUCCAAGCUAGACGCUCUUCGUGGACAGGCGGCAGCGAAACAGCUCUCCGAGUUCUUCAGCGGGAACAGCUCAGGCGAGCUGCUUUGCGAAGAGUCGCGAAACAUGACUACAAUUCCCCUCACAAUUAUUGCUCAUAUAAUUCAGUACAUUUCAUUUCUGGAGGGCAAGGGGCAAUCCAUAGAUCACAGCGCCGUUUUGGGGUCGGCCCACUCUGUUGGCGCCCAGGGCCUGUGCGUUGGGCUGCUCAGUGCAGUCGCUGUUUCCAGCGCGAUGACAAAGGAAGAAAUCGGCAAGCUUGCCGCAAGCGCCAUUGAGCUCGGAUUCUGCAUUGGCGCAUUUGUCGAUCUUGACCAACACACUGUAACAGAUGGUACUUUAUAUGCCAACCUUGCCGUAAGGUGGAAAUCUCCUAUGACCCUGCAAAGCCUCGGUCGGUUCCUAACAAAUUACGCAGGGACCUAUAUCUCAGUUAUUCGAGACGUUCGAGAUGUCACGAUCACCACCCCGGCUACGCACGCCGCUGCCUUACAGCAAGGGCUUACCCAAGAGGGCUUGUCAGCCAUGGACAUUGGCCUGAGAGGAAGAUAUCAUAGCCUGGCAUAUGAAAAAAGACGUAAAGAUCCUUGGAUUCUUUCCAUUGGCGCGGAUGCAUUGCCGCGGUCUACUACGAAGCGCGUCUCGGUCAUCAAGUUCCGCGGUACACUGUCCGGACACGAGGAAAUAGCUCGAUCAACGGCUUCUUCAGACGGAAAGAUCAAAACCGCAAACAGCCUAUAUCCGGAAGAUGCUAUUGCCGUUAUUGGAAUGUCGUGCAAGUUUCCCGGCGCUGACUCCAUCGACGAGUUCUGGAGCUUGUUGUCCAGAGGCACGUCCAUGCUGUCCAAGAUGCCCGAAGACAGAUUUGACAGAAAGAAUCUCCCAAGAAAUGCAAAGGGUGGUCUUUCUUUUUGGGGCAACUUUAUCAACGAUAUUGACGCCUUCGAUCACAAGUUUUUUAAAAAGUCGGCCCGCGAGGCUGCAUCGAUGGACCCCCAGCAGCGUCUCCUCCUUGAAGUUACGUAUCAGGCGCUCGAGUCAUCGGGCUACUUCACAACCACAGCGGCUGAGCCAAAUGUCGGAUGCUACAUCGGCGCGUGCUCUGUAGACUACGAUGGCAACGUGGGAUCGCAUCCGCCCACUGCCUACUCGACAACCGGAACCCUCCGUGCUUUUCUAAGCGGUCGUUUAUCGCACUAUUUUGGCUGGCAAGGGCCCUCGCUCACUUUCGAUACGGCAUGCUCAUCCUCUGCAGUCGCAAUUCAUACGGCUUGCGCGGCUCUGCGGGCUGGAGAUUGCAAUCAGGCUAUUGCUGGCGGCGUGACCGUCUUCACCAGCCCGUAUCUUUACGAGAACUUGGCCGCAGCCCAUUUCCUGAGCCCUACUGGGGCAACCAAGCCUUUUGAUGCCGCUGCUGAUGGCUACUGCCGUGGAGAAGGUAUUGGCCUCAUUGUCCUGAAGAAGCUUACCGAUGCAGUCCGAGAUGGCGACAACAUUCUCGGCGUGAUUGCUGGCUCUGGCAUCAACCAAAACGCCAACUGCGUUUCCAUCACCGUACCCCAUUCACAGUCGCAGGGGAAGCUCUAUGAAAGGGUCGCCCGGCAGGCCGGCGUUGAGCCUCAAAAGGUUGCUUUUGUUGAGGCGCACGGAACGGGCACGCCUGUCGGUGAUCCCAUUGAGAUGGAGAGUAUCAGAAAGGUCUUUGGUGGCCCGUAUCGAGACUCCAAUCUUUUUGUGUCAUCGGUAAAGGGGAAUAUUGGCCAUUUGGAAGGGGCAUCAGGAGUUGCCGCGGUCAUUAAGGCACUGCUCCAGAUGCGUUACCGCACCGCAUGCGUGCAGGCGUCCUUCAAAAGCCUGAACCCAAAGAUCCCUGCGCUGCAAAACGAUAAGCUCUGUAUUCCUACAGCUAAUGAAGCUAUCACUGCCAGCCCGAUGGUUGCUUGCAUCAACAACUAUGGCGCCGCGGGCAGCAAUGCCGCCAUUAUAUUGAUUGAACCGCCUACCGCCUCGUCGCAAAUCUAUCAGACAAGAGAUGAACUAGUCUCCAAGAGCAUAAAGGUGCCUAUCCAUAUCGCUGCGUCUUCCCAGUCCAGCUUGACGAAAUACUCUGAGAUGCUGGCCGAUUAUUGCCGACAAGAGACAUCCAGGAAUCACGACCCACGCCUUCACGAAAGCAUUGCAUAUUCCCUUUCCCGACAACAAAACCAAGAUCUGCCACAGUUCAUUACCGCAUCAGUUGGAAAUGUUGACGAGCUUGUCGCUGCUCUCAAUAGCUUCACGCCAAUCGAACGACCAAAGCAACCUCCGCUGGUGUUCUGUUUUGGCGGUCAAGUCGGUCAGCAGAUCGGCCUCAACAAGGAGCUGUUUGACCGAAUGCAGCCGCUUCGGUCGCAGCUAAACCUAUGCGACGAAGAGCUGAGAUCCAUGGGAUUUCCGAGCAUCUAUCCCGACAUCUUUCGGACCACACCGAUCGACGACAUUGUCGUAUUGCAGUCUGCCAUCUUCUCCUUACAGUAUGCGUCAGCACGCUGCUGGCUCGAUUCAGGUCUCAAGGUAGACGGCAUCAUUGGCCACAGUCUUGGUCAGUUUGCCGCUAUGUGCGUCAGUGGCAUUCUGUCACUCCGCGAUGGCUUGAGGCUUGUAGCUGGUAGGGCCACUUUGAUGAAGACACACUGGGGUGCAGAGUCUGGCAGCAUGAUUGCCGUGGAAGGCGACCCGUCUGUCAUUGAGCGCCUGAUUAGGGAUCUGGAGAAAAGCAAUGGCAGAUUCUCCUAUGAGGUUGCCUGCUAUAAUAGUAACACGUCAAGGGUGGUUGUAAGCGACCGAGCCUCGGCUGAUGUGCUCGAGAGCCGUCUCAAAUCUCAGUCUAUCAGACAUAAGCGACUGCACGUCACGCACGGGUUCCAUUCCAAGUUUACGGACCCUCUGAUACCGCACCUCGAAGCCCUUGCAUCGGAUCUGACUAUCAACGAGCCUGUCAUCCCGCUUGAAACAUGCACUCUUACGUCUGGGCUCACCACUUUGACACCGGCUGCCAUCGCCGCGCACACGCGCGAGCCAGUCUACUUUGACGUGGCCGUACAGCGCUUGCAUAGUCGCCUUGGCGGUUGUACCUUUUUGGAGUGCGGCUCCCAAUCCAGUAUUAUAGGGAUGGUGUCUCGGGCUUUGGACAAGCAACACGGAGCCAUCAACAGUAUCCCAAUGGAGCACAACAUGCCUAACGCGUUGGAUUCACUGGCGGACAAAACAAUCAAGCUGUGGAGCCUGGGCCAUAAGGUGCAGUACUGGAGUCACCAGCGCUCCAGUUCUUCUAAGCAUUGUGUUCUGUCUCUACCGCCAUAUCAGUUCGACAAGGCGAAGCAUUGGAUUGCUUACAAGAUACCGGCACCAAAUGAAGUCAUUGUAAAUGAUCGCAGAGAUGUGCCUAGGCCACUUCCUCUCCCUCCCGUGCUCAUUCGUCUGAAUCGAAGCGAUGGCAAUGCGCAUUGCUUUGAUAUCGACCAAAACAGCAAAGAGUUUCGGGAGCUAGUCGCUGAUCACGUCGUUUCUGGAAGGAAAUUAUGCCCAACAUCGGCGUAUCUCGAGAUGGCGGCUCGGGCUGUAGCCAUCAUUGACAACACCAACGCGGAAGCACAUGUAUCUGUACAUGGGCUUGAGUUUCAUUCAUCUUUGGAUCAAUCCGAAGACAGAUUGAUCACUCUGGCUCUGGAGCCGUCUGGCGAGGCCUGGACAUUUAUCAUCAGCAGUCAGUCCAGGACAGGGGAGCGGCCAUCUGUUAGUCAUGUUACUGGUUCAAUAUCAUUCCGACCAAGCACUCCGCAGCAAAGUGCAGACUUUAGUCGAUAUGCCAGAAUUGCGAAUCACGACGGUAUCUCUGCGGUCCUUCAGGACCCUAGAUCCACCUCUCUUACAGGCAAUGUAGCAUACAAUAUCAUGGCACCCAUGAUAUUGUAUGCUGACCUUUAUCGCAAUAUUGAGAGAAUCGCUUCAUAUGAUAACAAAGUUGUUGCGCGAGUGCGGACACCCAAACCUCCAAAGUGUUUUGAUGACACUAUCUUGCGUUCCUAUAUGCUUCACAGCUUUCUGCAAGUUGCAAGCCUUCACGCCAACUUCCUGCGCGAUUCGAAAAACGAGCUACACGUUGAGGGUCAAAUUGAUCUGAUUCAAAUAGGACCUGACUACCAUAAUCAACCCACCAUCGCAGCCACUGAGGAGUUUUGGGACGUCUUGUGCAUUGCUUCUUCCAUCGACGGUGAAUUGACCUAUGACAUCUUUGCCUACGCCACGUCUCCCGUGAGACUGGCGGUGGUCAUCUCUGGAGCCCGCUACAUUCCCUCGCGCCCAGCCUCUACACUUACAGCGCGGACACAUCACUCUUUUGAAAAGGUGGAAACGAUGCGCAGCAGCCAUAGCGAAUCUAUGAUCCGCGCAAUUACAGUCGCUCAGGAUUCGCUGCCUCCAAAGGGAGUCACUUCACAAGCUACCCCGACGUCAAUGAAAGUGUUUCACGCUGCCAAGGAGCCACAAACAUCUGCUUUUGAUGAUCUGUGUACAAUCUUGGAAAAGAUUGCCGACGUGCCGAGGAAAGAAGUACGCGGUACAUCCACCUUUGACGACCUUGGCGUUGACUCUCUGAUGAUGAUUGAAGUGAUUGAUGAAAUAUCGAGCUUCUUCAAACUAGAUCUGCCUAUUGAGGAUCUUGAGCAGCUAACAGACAUCGACUCUUUAGAGCAGUACCUACGGGGUCGCCUGAGAAGACUGUCUGAUGAUGUAUUUGAUAGCGAUUCAUCUGGAGAUGUUACGCUUGAUAGCCCUGCUUCAUCAACAUAUGAAACGUCCAUCGAUACUUCCCUGGGACCUACCCUGCAGCUGAGUAAGCCAUCGUCUACCGUUAGAAAGGAUCUUAUGGUUCUAGUUUCCCAGCACUUGGAGUAUGACGGUGAAUUAAAGCUCCAAACAUGCCUGGCCGAUCUUGGCCUCGAUUCUCUGAUUUGCAUCGAGCUUGUCGCAGACAUUGAGAAGCAGUUUGGCGUGGAGAUUAGAUUGGAAAACUUGGACGAGCACUCCACUUUCCUUGAUCUCUUACAUUUAGUUACUGGUGAAGAAGGGUGCGGAGCGUUGCCUCAGCCAGGUGCAGCGUCCACAUCAUCACCCAGUGCGCCGAUCAACCCCGCGAACAACAGUACCUGCUCGGCUCUCCAAGGCGCACAGGCUGCAUUUGACGCUGUCCGCUUUGAUUUCGAUACACACAGCACUGCUACUGGGUUCAGAAACUUCUGGAAGAAUGUAUAUGGCGACCAAGCAAAACUGGUCGAAGCCUACAUUGUGGAAGCGUACCGUUCUCUCGGCGUUGAUCUUGCUACAUUGCAAGCCGGAGCGGCAGUGCCUAGUAUUGGCGCCUUGCCAAAGCAUGCCAACCUUCUCAAGCAGUUUCUCAAGAUUCUUGCAGACGGUGGACUUCUAUCAAAGCGACCUGAUGGCUCAUAUGAGCGCACAUCGAAUGCCAUUGAUGAUACGCCAUCGACUACGCUCUACGCAGCCAUGCUUGCAAAGUAUCCUGAGCACACCGCAGAGACUAUGCUUUUGAAUGUCACUGGCUCUAAGCUGGUAGAGUGCCUCACGGGUAAAUUAGAUGCGCUACAGCUGCUGUUUGCCAACAAAGAGAACCGUGCGACCAUGGCAGAUGUCUACGAAAAGGCACCCAUGUGCCAGGCUACUACGCGUCUUCUGGCAGAUUUCCUUGUCAAGACAUUCUCCUCGCCGCAUCCUCGCAGAUCGUUUAGACUGUUAGAGGUUGGUGCAGGUACAGGAGGUACCGCAAAGUAUGUGAUAGACUUCCUCACAAAGGCCGGCAUUGACUUUCACUACACCUUCACCGACAUUUCGUCAUCUCUUGUGACGCAAGCAAAGCGCAUCUUCUCCAAGAAUCCUCGAAUGGCAUUUACCACGCUAGACUGCGAUAAAGUACCUCAAGAUGACCUCUGCGGCCAGUUUGACGCCGUGAUUGCCACAAACUGCAUCCACGCAACGCAAAACGUGACCAGGUCUGCCACCAACAUUGCGCCUCUUCUCCGCCGCGGCGGUGUCUUUUGUCUCGUGGAGUUUACCAGAAGCUUAUACUGGUUCGAUCUCGUGUACGGUCUGCUCGAGGGCUGGUGGCUUUUUAGCGAUGGGCGCCAGCAUGCGCUGGCUGAUGAGUGGUUUUGGGAGGCGAGCCUCAAGAGCGCGGGCUUCCGCCACCUCUCGUGGACUGACGGCAACAGUCAAGAGUCGCAGACUAUGCGACUUAUUUGCGGCUUUCGGGAAAGUGCCGAAAACGACAUAUUUAAACCACUGGCGCGCGGUAUCAUCAAGCGCGCUGGUAUCCCCGUAGAGACUUUUACCUGGAAACGCGUUGGCGAUCUCGAGCUGAAGGCGGACAUUUACUUUCCCAAGAGAGCUGACGAGCCAGGCAGGACAUUCCCAUGA